AAAAACAUCUCAGCUUCAUAAAGUCACCAGCCAACCCCGAUGUCAGCACAAGAAUACUUCGGCGGGUCUUCUCAGAACCCUCCUCGUCGGGAGGAAUCCCACACUCCUGGACCCUGGAACUCAUCGACGCCUGGACCAGACACGCCUCGCACCGGCGCCUACAGUCCCUACCCUCCCUCCGAGAACUACUAUCGUCCGAACUCCAACCCCAACCCCAAUCAAAACUACUAUGCCUCCCCACCAGACCCCCGGAUGGCGCAGGGGUCAUGGAGCGGACCUUCUCCGUCCCCCUCCCUAGGCGGCGAAGGCUACCCCCACCAACCGUACGGCCAGCAACCGCAACCCCCGUAUCCCCAGCACGGAGGACCAUCCCCCAACCCCUCCGGCUACCCCCCAUACCCCCCCCAAGAGGGAAGCGGAGCACCCUACAACGACCGCCCAUAUUCCCCCUACCAACAACAACAACAGCAGCAGCAGCAGCAGCAGCAGCCAGGCCACCAGCAACCCCCACCCUACAGCACCAACCCCAACCUACCGCCCGGGGCCACCGAUGACCAAGACCGCGGCUUCCUCGGGGCCGUCACCGGCGGCGCAGCCGGCGCCUUCGCCGGUCACAAGGUGAACCACGGGUUCCUCGGCGCGAUCGGCGGCGCGCUGACGGGCUCCGUCGCCGAAGACGCGAUCAAGAACCACCGCAAGAAGAAAGAGGAGGAGGAAAAAGAAGCCCUGCGCCGGCAGAAGGAGGCCGAGAAGGAGCAGAAGCGCCGCGAGAAGGAAGAGCGCAAGAUGCAGCGCCGCGCCGACCGCCACCGCCGCCACUCCAGUUCUUCCUCUUCCUCAUCGUCCUCGUCCGACGACGAGCGCAAGCACCGCCACCACAAUCGUCCCUCCUUCCGCGGGAACUUCUCCGGCUCCUCCCGCGAGAUCCGGCUCGAGGGGUACCACGAGCUCGUGGCGUACUGCGGCGACGUCGAUGGCCGCCAGCACCGCUCGGUCAUCCCGCUGAACGACGUGCUCACCAACUCCUGGGGCGAGCUCAAGUGGGCCCGCCACGGCAAUUUCGCCGCCUCGGCCAGUAAUGUCCACCUGGAGGAUGGGGGCCGCGUCUUGGUGGCGGAUCUGGGCGAUGGGAAUGGCGGGUGGAAGCGGAGCUGGGUCCGUUUGGAUGAGAGGAUCUCGAAUCAGAAUGGGCGGUUGGUGUUCCUGGAUUAGAUGGUUUGGUGUGGUUGGUUGGUGCGGUAAUGAUGAGAUAGUAUUUCGCUGGAGGAUAACCUGCAAUAAAAGCGGUUUCCUGUGGAUCAUGGGUUUUAACAUUAGCUUUCUGAGACUGAGCUUGUGGCUAUUGAGCAUCGAGUUCUACCGAGUAGUACGUAGUUGUCUUCCAUCUUACAAUCUCGAAUAAUGCGGCAUGGUAUCACUUAAUGGACAGUCCUCUGAUCGAAGCAUUUCAACCAAUCAGUCUCUCAGGGUAACAACACCGUUCUACUACCAGGGAUAAUACACGCCGAAUCUCAUUCUCAAUCUACCUCAGCAAACCAAUCCAUCCACCUUACGAGUUAAAAUAUAUAUAUUCAAAGUAGAAUAAACGAACGAAAGAAGCGAAAGAUA